CAACACUGAAAAAGAAACCCAAUAAAAGGAACAAACAACCUCACUGUUCCUUUUCUUACUUUGAGAGCCAGAAGAGAGAGAGAGAUAUCACACUCAUACAAACAAAGUCUGGCCUUUUUGGGGUUUCAAAUUUGGGGAAUUUAAGAAUUGGGUUUUUACUUUUUAUUUAUUUAUUUUAUUUUAAUCUGUUUGUGUGAGUGAAAAAUAAAUAAAUUUCGAGAUGUAUGUGGCUACUAUGAGAAAGUCUUUCAAGGACUCUCUCAAAGUUCUUGAAGCUGAUAUUCAACACGCUAAUACUCUUGCCUCAGAUUGUCCAAGGGAAUAUGAUGGUGCCUGCCUUCAGAUGAGAAUGUCAUAUAGUCCAGCUGCACACCUAUUCCUCUUUCUGGUCCAAUGGACAGAUUGUAACCUUGCAGGGGCCCUAGGACUCUUAAGAAUCCUAAUUUACAAGGUUUACGUGGAUGGCACAACCACCAUGUCUACCCAUGAAAGAAAAGCAAGCAUAAGAGAGUUUUAUGCGGUAAUUUAUCCCUCUAUAUUGCAACUUCAAAGAGGUGUUACUGAUACAGAAGAUAAAAAGCAGAAAGCAGUAUGCAUGGAGAGGUAUCGAAGGAGAGACGAUGAGGAACAUAGGCAGUGUUCUGAUGUAGAUACUGAAAGAGAGGAAGAAUGUGGAAUAUGCAUGGAAAUGAAUAGCAAGAUUGUAUUGCCCUACUGCAACCAUGCCAUGUGCUUGAAAUGUUACCGAGAAUGGCGAUCAAGAUCACAGUCAUGUCCCUUUUGUCGUGAUAGUCUUAAGAGAGUGAAUUCAGGUGAUCUCUGGGUACUCACAGACAGCAAGGACAUAGUUGACAUGGCAAUAGCGACAAGGGAGAAUCUUAGAAGGUUGUUCCUGUAUAUAGAUAAGUUACCAUUAAUUGUUCCCGAUUCUCUUUUUGACACUUAUGAUUCUCACCUAAGGUGAUUAGCAUGGCCUAAACCCUAAGCCCACCAUCUUUUGUGGUCUCUCUGUGUAGUUCUCUUUCUCUUUUGCUUACAUAAGGACCGAAUUUAUUCGGCACAUUUAGAUCAGUUAGAAUUGCAGUGCUUCCUUCCCACUUCUGAUCGGAAGAACCCAGCCUGCAUUAUUAUGGGCUGGCUGGUGAAGUUGAGAUAAUCUAAUUUGAAGGGUUCAUAAAUUGUAUCUAGCACAUUGUACAUGCUUGUAUAGCUUGGAGGUUGCAUGUUUGUAUAGCUGGGAGGUUGCCUAUAAAGAAGCUUCUCAGAAUGUCUUUUCCUCAUAGAUGUCCUUUUUAAUUGUAACAUGAACUAUAUGAUUUUUCUUGUUCAAUGCAUAAAUUGAUUUCUGUGA